AUGAAAAAUUUUCAUCUGUUAUUAGUAUUAAUUUCAACACUUUAAAUUUCAUAUUCUGAAAAGAUAAGAGUUUCAUUAUAUAGUAUUAAUAGUUGCUUAAUAUUUUAGUUGAAUCACUUUGCCCUGAUACUACAAGAUUUAUUUAAUCUUCAUUAUUGAAAGCAUUAAAAACACCAUCGUUUGAUGAAUUGGUUGAACUGAGAUUUAUUCCAUAUGGAAAGGCGUCAUAAAAUUAAUAAAGUAAUG